AUGAUCGCGCCCCCAAAACCCAGUGGCCCGCUCUCGCCGACGCAGACACUCGUCGACGGCCGCGUCCCUCAAAAAUAUUCGGCCGCGCGCCGCUACCUUCUUCUUCUGACGUUCUGUCUUGCACAGUUUCUCGACGCGGUCAACAACUCCGCGCUCUUCUCUGCCAUACCUGAUCUUGAGAACUCGCUAGGCAUCACCGAGGCGGAGUCAACGUGGGUCAUCUCUGCCUUUCAGCUCACCUUUGCCUCCUUCCUCCUCAUCAGUGGCCGCAUCUCCGAUGUGUACAACCCUAAGGUGGCCUUCACCGGCGGUGUCGUCGCGCUCGGUCUCAUUUCCGUCGGCGCGGGCUUCGCGAAGGACAAGAUUGCCAUCAUCAUCCUUCGCGCGUUGAGUGGCAUGGCCGCCGCCAUGACCAUUCCAUCCGCGCUCGCGCUCCUCGUCAGCGUCUUCGUCGAGCCCAACGAGCAAGCGCGUGCCCUCGGUCUCUUCGGUGGGUGUGGCGCGGUCGGUAACGUCCUCGGCCUCAUCAUCGGUGGGAUCUUCGUGCAGUACGCCAACUGGUCCUGGGUCUUCUGGUUCGUCGCGAUCGUCGCGGCACUCAUCACGGUCAUGUGCCUGUUGCUUGUCCCGCCGCAGGAGCCCAAGGUGCGCGUCGCGUCUGCCGGCCCGCGCUGGCGCGCGCUUGACCUCGUCGGUGUCUCGGUCCUCACCGCUGCGCUCAUCCUCUUCAUCUUCGCGAUCACGUCCGGUAGCGCGUACGGUUGGGCGACCGCGGAGGUGCUUGUCCCGCUCGUUAUCUCCGUGCUCAUGGUCGCCGCGUUCUUCUGGUACGAGACCCGCAUCCCGCCCGACGUCGCGGCGGUGCCCCCGAGGACGUGGUUCCUCCCGAACUUUGCGGUCUUGUUUGGGACAGCGCUGUUGCCGUACUUUUGGUGGACGACGAUCUUCACCGUCUUCACGCUGUUGUGGCAGGACGAAUAUGGCUGGUCGGCGAUCUCGACUGCCAUCCACAUGAUCCCGAUCGGCGUGCUCGCAUUCUCGAUGUCAUUCACAGGCCCGCUCGCACGCAAGAUCAACCCCAAGUGGAUCAUCCUCUUUGGCGAAAGCAUGCUCGUUGUCGCGACGAUCCUCCUCGCGUUCGCGGACGGGCCCGACAAGUACUGGCCGUUCGUCUUCCCCGCGUUCGUCCUCGGCAGCGGCGGUGCCAUGCUCGCCUACACGCACACCAACAUCGCGAUCUUCCGCACGUCCCCAUCCUCGAUGGCCGGCACGGUCGGCGCGAUUUUCAACGGCGCGCUCCAGCUCGGGUCCGCCGUGGGCAUCGCCGCGGUCGACUCGCUCGAGGAGUCUGUCCAGGAGCAGUACCCCAACACUCCGUACGUGGGCCAGCGCGCCGUGUUCUGGUUCCUCCUCGGCAUCGUCUGUAUUGAGCUCGUCGCGAUGGCUAUCUUCUACCGGACGGACUGCGAUCUUCUGGGCGCUGAGGGCAAGCAGGCGCUGGAGGGCAUCGACCCGGAGAAGAUGCGCGACGUCGAUGGCAAGCUCGCUGAUGCAGAGCAGGGCCGGGGAUUCGAGCCUCAGGUCGACUCCGCUGAGCAGGGGAAGCACGAGAUCCAUGUGCGCGCGGAGCGGGCGGCGAGCGUGCAUGGUCACCUCGGGCGCCACUCUCCUCAACCCCGGAGCCCCGUCAGCCCUGCGAGUACGCUGAGCCCGCAGACGCCGGCGUCGGACGUGACCCGCGUGUGCUUCUUUGGCGUGGACGAGCAGGAGCGGUUUGCUGAGAGCGGCGGCGGCGAGUGGAAGGGCAAGGGCGACGAUCCCCGCAAGGAGGUGGAGGUAGAGGAGAGGCGGGUGAACGACUUGCCGGUAUGA